CGAAAUUUUAUAUAUUAUACAGUAGCUAAUAAAGUAUACAUUAAGGUCAUAUUGAUUCUAAGAGCUUGCAGUUGAACGACAUGGCGUUUUUUCGUAUCGACGGUCCCAGGAUUUUCAUUAGAAGAUGUUUGCAUGGGUGACUGAUGACUUUUGCUGGUACUAUGUUAAGUUUCAAGUUGGGAUUUUCAUGUGCAAAACAUGGAAUUCAAACAACUAGAAAUAUCCUUAACCAUGUUAAUCUUCGAUUCCUUUCUACCUCAAUGGCUGCAGCAUUAUCGGAUACCAUUUCUCAACCUCAAUUUCAUCAAGAAGCCACCAUAGACCCACCAGUUACCCAAAUACUUAAAAUUUCAAACCCUGAUUUUUCAUUCUUUAUGGAUCCUAAUUGUUUGAUCUCCACACUCCUGAACUGUAAAAACAUAUGUCAAAUCAAACAGCUUCAUGCACUAAUAACUACUAAUAGCGUGCUUUAUAAUAACCUCACUGUAGCUAACAAGCUCUUAUACGUGUAUGUGCAUCACAAAUGUUUAACCGAUGCCUAUGCCUUGUUUGAUGAAAUGCCCCAGAAAAACCCUGUUUCUUGGAGUAUAAUGAUUGGUGGGUUUGUUAAAGUUGGUGAAUUUAUGCAAUGUUAUAAGACUUUUAAAGAGCUGAUUAGAAAUGGGGUGCAACCUGAUAAUUAUACAUUACCUUUUGUGAUAAAGGCUUGUAGGGAUACGGUGGCAUUGGAUAUGGGUAGAUUGAUUCAUUGCGUAGUUUUGAAAUAUGGGUUGCAUUUGGAUCAUUUUGUUUGCGCUGCUUUAGUUGAUAUGUAUGCUAAAUGUAAAGUCAUUGAAGAUGCUAAGUUGUUGUUUGAUGUAAUGCCAAGUAAGGAUCUUGUGACAUGGACAGUUAUGAUUGGUGGGUACGCUGAAUGUGGAAAUGCAAAGGAGUCGUUGGUUUUGUUUGAUCAUCUGAGAGAAGAAGGUUUUGUUCCCGAUAAGAUUGCUAUGGUGUCCAUUGUAAAUGCUUGUGCUAAAUUAGGUGCUAUGAAUAAGGCUAGGUUUGUUCAUGAAUAUGUUAAUAGAAAUAGGUUUUCUUUGGAUGUGAUAUUGGGAACGGCAAUGAUUGAUAUGUAUGCCAAGUGUGGUGAUGUUGAUUCUGCAAGGGAAAUCUUUGAUAACAUGCACCACAAGAAUGUCAUUUCAUGGAGUGCAAUGAUUGCAGCUUAUGGAUAUCAUGGGCAAGGCAAGAAAGCUCUUGAAUUGUUCCCUAUGAUGUUGAGUAGUGGGAUAUUACCUAAUAAUAUUACCUUUGUCUCCCUGUUAUAUGCUUGUAGUCAUGCAGGCUUGGUUGAAGAUGGUCUUACGCUUUUCUCCUUGAUGUGGGAAAGUUUUGGUGUGAGGCCAGAUAUAAAGCAUCAUACUUGCAUGGUUGACCUUUUGGGGCGAGCUGGGCAACUGACUGAGGCAUUCAGAUUUAUUGAAAAUAUGACAGUUGAAAAAGAUGAGGGUUUGUGGUCUUCUUUGCUUGGAGCAUGCAGGAUUCAUAAGCGGAUAGACUUGGCAGAGAAGGCAGCAAAAUCCCUUCUUGAACUACAGCCCCAGAAUCCUGGGAACUAUAUAUUGCUUUCAAACAUUUAUGCAAAUGCAGGUCAGUGGAAAGAUGUGGCAAAGAUUAGAGAUCUGAUGACCAAAAGGAAGUUGAAGAAAAUUCCUGGCUAUACUUGGAUUGAGGUGUAUGACAUUAUCUAUCAAUUUAAUGUUGGAGAUAGUACUCAUCCUAGAUCAAUGGAGAUUAAUGGGAUGCUGAAGACUCUCAGUCAGAAGUUGGAGUUGGCAGGAUAUGUCCCAGAUACGAACUUUGUGUUACAUGACGUUGACGAUGAAGUUAAGCUUGGAAUGCUUUACACACACAGUGAAAAGUUGGCAAUUGCAUUCGCCCUGAUUGCCACACCCGAGGGAACCCCUAUCAGGAUGUCAAAGAACCUUAGGGUUUGUGGAGAUUGCCACACUUUCAGUAAGCUGGUAUCAGAUAUUACACAGAGGGAGAUCAUUGUCCGAGACUCUAACCGCUUUCACCACUUCAAGGAAGGGGCUUGUUCGUGCGGGGAUUAUUGGUAACAAGUCCGAGGACACAUUUCAUUGUCUCCUCUAUAUUCCUUCUUUCAUAGAUUAUGGAGUAAUUGACAAAUUUAUUGCAGUUUAAAAUGUGUAGGACAAAUACACAACUUGAAACUUAGCUGAGCUUAUUUCAUUGUGCUUAAAUUGCAGACUUAUUUGGUAAGAGGUACUCAUAAGCUGGGCAUGUAUAGACAUUGUAUUUAAUUCCUCAUAAAAAUGUAGUAUCAUUAUGAUUAUAUUUUA